GGAGGAAGGCAGAUAAAUUACAUCACAAGGCGGAUGAAUGGGAAAACUGGGACCUGUCAUCACAAAGUAAGAGUUGAUGGCAGGACUGACUGUGCAGGUAGGAGGGAGGAGGAUGAAUGGGACAGGCAGGACCUGUCAGCACAAAGCAAGAGAGGCGAUCGCAACCAGUAGUGGGGCAGGUGCGACAAGGAUUUUAAAGGGGGAAGAGGGCAGGAUGCACUUCUAGAUUUUCAGACCGAUAAAUUAAAAUGAACACCGUAAGCGUGUGAGCGCUGCUUAAGCUCUUAGAGAAAGCGAGCUGGGCACCAUCCGUAUCACAAGCUCCCAGUCCUGCUGUUCUCGCUCUCUGUAGUGCACGUCUAUUACCUGGAAUACAGUAAUCACCUGGAUGACGUUAUUACUGUAGUUUCGGAAGCAUCAGAGCCCGAGAGCCAACAAGCAGCCGGGGCAGCGACAAGGAAGAACCAGAGACAGGACGCUCUUUGCGGCCCCUUUAAGGAGGACCCCCGAUUGGAACACACAGCGCGUGGGUUGGAAUAAGCCCCACGGUCGCAACUAUUACAGCACAUAGUGACCCAUUGGAUGAUCUGGACUUUAGCAAAGGAUUGGCUGAUAAUGGAGGAACCCGGAGCGUUUGGACAAACAUCAUUAUCAGAUGGAAACCCUGAGCUGCUGGGGGAUCAGUGAAUUUAGGGGGGCGGUGCAGUGGUCAGUGAGCCUGGAGUGGGGGAUCCCCCCCUGGGUAGACUAAAUAGAAGUGGCCCCAAUGAUCAGCACUGAGGAUUUUGCCAUGGGUGUUUGUCUUUGCUGAACUUAGGAAUUCCACUGGAAAUAUUCAUUUGCUACCAGUACUUGGGACGCCCCCAGAUUGCUUUGGCUCAGGUGUGUUUCUGACAUCCCCCUCUAUUUAGCAGCUGGACAUUAGCACUUCUACCCAUUUCCCUGUUUGGGGCCAAGCGCCAUUUCCUGGAUUUAUACUCCCUUGGUGGAUUUAGAACCCCCUCUGGGCAGAUUUAUGGGGGACAGUAACCUUUCUGGAGAUGAUAAGGAAGGAGCUCCCUCUGCCAGAUGGCUGGGAAGAAGCACGAGAUGUUGAUGGCAAAGUGUAUUACAUUGACCACACCAGCAAAACUACCAGCUGGAUAGAUCCCAGAGACAGGUUUACAAAGCCAUUAACCUUUGCUGACUGCAUCGGCGAUGAAUUGCCAUUGGGAUGGGAAGAAUGCUUUGACCCCCAAGUGGGUGUGUAUUACACUGACCAUAACAACCAAACCACACAGAUAGAGGACCCAAGGGUGCUAUGGAGAAGAGAGCAGGAGCGCAUGCUGAAGGAUUAUCUGGUGCUUGCUCAAGAGGCGUUACUCGCACAGAAAGAAAUUUACCAAGUCAAGCAGCAGAGGCUUGAAUUAGCACAAAAGGAAUACAGGACCCUGAAUGAUGUCUGGAAGCAUAAAGUGGGAUCUCAGACAAGCUUGGUAUCUGGCUCCUCUUCAAGUUCCAAAUAUGAUCCUGAUAUUCUUAAAGCUGAAAUUGCAACAACAAAAUCCAGGGUGAACAAACUGAAGAGAGAAAUGGUCUUUCUGCGACAAGAUCUCCAGUACAAAGAAAAUGGCUACCAAACCCUCAAAGAGAUUGAUUUGAAAAUGUCAGGAAACCAUUGUGCUUAUAAACUGGACGAAGCCCAAGCUAUUCUGAAUGAGAUGAAAGCUAUCAAAAAGGCUAUUUCUACUGGCGAACGAGAGAAACAAGACCUAAUUCAGACUCUUGCAGAAUUAAAAAAUGGCUUCCUCAUUGACAAGGGCUCACAAUCGGACCUUUGGGCCAGCAAUACUUCUUUAGCAUCUUCAGCUAAUUCUCUGCCCAUGCAAUAUCUUAAUGUCAGCUCUCAAACGGAUAUUUCAGGAAAUCUUUCUGUGGUCAGUAAUAACCAUUUGGCCGAGAGGGUCAGGUUACAACUUCGAUAUGAAGAAGCAAAGAGAAGGAUAGCAAACAUAAAGAUCCAGUUGGCCAAGAUUGACAGCGACGCGUGGCCUGGAGUCCUCGACUCUGAAAGAGACCGGCUCAUACUAAUCAGCGAGAAAGAAGAGCUGCUGAAAGAGAUGCGCUUCAUCAGCCCGCGCAAGUGGAGUCAGAGUGAGGUGGAGCGAUUAGAAAGCGAGAAGAAGCAGCUGGAGGAAGACCUACAGGCAGCCAGGGACACACAAAGCAAGGCGCUCACAGAGAGGCUGAAGAUGAGUAGUAAAAGAAACCAGCUGGUCAAAGAGCUAGAAGAGACGACAAGGUUAAUUGCAUCAUUGCAAGCACAACUAAAGUGUCUUUCCACCAGCAUGCAGUCCCUUUCCUCAGGCAGCAGCCCAGGAUCUUUAGCUUCUAGUAGAGGAUCUCUAGCAACAUCCAGUCUGGACUCCUCAACAUCUGCCAGUGUUUCUGAUCUUUACUACGAGCAGCUGGAUCAUUUCGAUUCAGAAUACCAGAACAAAGUGGACUUCUUGAUUCAGGAAGGAGCAAUAGGUUAUAGACCAUCUGGGUGCAUCACAACCAUUCAUGAAAAUGAGGUGGUGAGGUCUCAAAAGACUGAUCCAGCCAAACGUGUGCAAGCACUGAGGUCUCUGUCUGGGACACCUAAGUCAAUGACAUCGUUAUCGCCAAGGUCAUCUCUGUCCUCUCCGUCUCCUCCUUGUUCGCCUCUUGUAACAGAUCCGCUGUUUACUGUAGAUGCUUUUCUGAGUCAAAUUGAUUUUGAAGAUAUUGACCUGCCUCUGAGCUUUACUGAACUUGAUGUAGGUGCUGGCAGGGAUGGCUACCAACACGAUACAGAUGAAAAACCUUCAGGACAAGGUGGUUUGGGAGUGUCCAGUCUGAGUGUGGCCGGAGUGUCAGCUGCAGUGUCAGAUGAAUCUGUAACUGGGGACAGUGGAGUCUAUGAGGCAACAAACCAGAGAACAUUGAUGGAAAAUACAGUGUUUGAUGGUGAAGACUCCGGGAUCAUGGAUACUGCCAAGAUCAAAAUAGGGAUGAAGUAUGAUGAGAAAAACAAGCAGUUUGCUGUGUUUGUUAUUCAGCUAGACAAUGCGGCAGCUUUGUUACUGCAUCAGGAGGAAAAACUGUACAUCCGUGUAGCAGUUCUUCCCUGUUCUGAAAGCACAAGUUGUUUGUUCCGGACAAGGGCCCUGGAGCAGUCUGACACUCUCUUGUAUAAUGAGAUGUUUUUGGUUGCUGCAUCCCAUUCUGCUUUGCGCCAGAAGACCCUAAGAGUUGAUGUCUGCACAAGACAUAACAACCAUCAUGAAGAAUGCCUGGGCGGAUCACAAAUAAGCUUGGCUGACGUCUGCCAUUCUGAAGGACAGGAAGCCCAUUGGUACAACCUUUUAAGUUACCGAUAUCUGAAGAGACAAUCCAAAACGAGCAAGCAGAAAAUGAGUUGUACUGAGGAAAGCGGUAUUGAAAAUCCAGACUCAGUGAGUGCCCUCCUAGUACAGACUGCUGCUGAAUUAGAGGCUGUCAGAAAGCAGAUUGGAGAAAGCACAGAACCACCUGAGUACAACUGGCCAGAAAAGAAGGAUACCGUCGCAGAUAAAAAUGGCAUUAGUGAAAAUGAAGGAGAUGAAGAAUUUGAUGGAGAUGUACAGUGUGAAACAAAAGAUUCAGACAAGCAGGCAGCUGCCGACUCCGACUUUGUAAAGGUGGACAAAGAGACGAAUACAGAAGGCCUUGCACUGUCCUCAUCUUCCGUUCGUCCGAAAGACAAGAGAGCAGGCAAUCCAAUGCAGGCACCAUUCAUAAGAGGCAGCACAAUUAUACGCUCCAAGACAUUCUCUCCGGGACCACAAAGCCAGUAUAUUUGCCUGCUGAAUCGCAGUGAUAGUGACAGCUCAACUCUAUCUAAAAAGCCGCCUUUUGUCAGGAAUGCAAUGGAGAGACGCAGCGUAAGAGUCAAGCGGCCAUCUGUCAAGUCCAGCGGCUCAGAGCGACUAAUUCGCACAUCUCUCGACCUCGAAUUGGAUCUGCAAGCAUCAAGGACAUGGCACCACCAGCUGACGCAAGAGAUUUCUCUACUAAGGGAACUGAAAGAACAGUUAGAGCAAGCCAAGCGCCUGGGUGAGAAUGAGCUACCUCAGCGGGUGAAGGAUGAUGACACAUUCAAGCUUCUGCUUAGACAAGUGGAGAAACAGGUACAGAAGAUCGAGCAGAAAUACGAGAUGCAAGCAGAUAAGAUGAUGAGAGCAGCAGCAAAGGAUGUGCACAGGUUACGAGGGCAGAGCAGCAAGGAGCCUUUGGAGGUGCAGUCAUUCAGAGAGAAGAUGGCAUUUUUCACUCGGCCAAGAACGAACCUACCUACACUCACAGCAGAUGAUGUUUAAUAAUCACCAUAAAGUAUUUUAUGUUCUAUAUUUUUUCGGUUCUGAGCACCACGGCAAAGGAAAUGCAGCCUGGUGAAGCUGAAAAUGUAAUUGUGUGGUGUAAUGAAGUUACAGAGUUUCAUGUCACUUAUUAUUUUGCAUUGCAAUAACCAGCAGAGUAACACUGGCUUGAGGUACGACAACACAAGUGGACAUUUUUAUUUUUAUCGUCAUGAUUACAAAACCAGCAUUCCUUUUCCACGUCUGUAUAGCUUGUAUAUUUAGAGCUGUAUUUUCAGAUGAACCGUUUCAGAUGUUGUGUGUGUGCAAAGUAUAACUUUUGUACAGUCCGCUUCAGAGAUUUGUAAUGCAAUAAAAUUCUAUUAAAAUUGGCUACUAGAAAAAAGGAAUACUUACAGAUUCACGCAACUUUUUGGACAUUAACUAUUUUGUAUCGGAUGUUUUAGCAAAUUCGUGCUAUAUCAUAAAUGCUAAAUAGACAAUUUUAUGAUAUAAUACAGUUUGGAAUAUAUUUUGAAAUGCACUUACCACAUUGUGGCCCCCAUGGAAAGACAAAUGAAGAAAAAAAAUCAGUUACCGGUUCCUUAAAUUGGUCUAAAAUAUUAUGUGAUGAACAUUUUAGUGGUGCAUAGUUACGGUCAAAUGCAAUUUUUGGUAAUAAAAGCUUAUUUUCAA